AUGCUCGUCCUGCGAGUCCCCAUCCAGGACGGCUGCGCUGUGAUCCCCGCGCCCGGGGGUCGGGCCCGAGGCGGCCGCACGUCGCUGGGCUUCCCGGCGCGUGCGGCCUCCUCCGCCACUCGCCGCGGGCGCUGUCCUUGGUGCUGCCCGGCGCGGCUGGCCGCCGAGACCCGCGGGCGGGACGGGGCGGCCGCUAGCCGGGGCUCCUGCCUACCCGCGGGGCUCCAGCGCACCCACCACCGGGGCUCCCGCCCACCACCGGGGCUCACGCCCACCACCGGGGCUCCCGCCCACCCCGCGGGGGCCCAGCGCGACACUGUAACAGCCCUCAGCAAUGGGGGGUGCGAUGACUGCCCGCACCCACGCGGCCGGGGACGCGGCGGCUGCGGCGGCGGCGGCGGCGGCUGGGGGCGGCCCCGGGGCGGCGGCGGGGCCCGGGGGCGCGGCGCGGGCCGGGGCGCGGGGCGCGGCCGGGGCCGGCGGCGCCGGGCGGUGGCGGCCGUGUCGGUGGAGCCGCACCGGCACGAGGGCGUGUUCGUGUACCGCGGGGCGGAGGACGCGCUGGCCACGCGCAACCUGGUGCCCGGGCUGUCGGUGUACGGCGAGCGGCGCGUCACGGUGGGCGAGGGCGGCGCGCGGCUCGAGUACCGCACCUGGAACCCGUUCCGCUCCAAGCUGGCGGCCGCCAUCCUGGGCGGCGUGGAGCAGCUCCACAUCCGGCCGCGCUCCCGCGUGCUGUACCUGGGCGCCGCCUCGGGCGCCACGGUGUCGCACGUGUCGGACAUCGUCGGGCCCGACGGCCUGGUCUACGCCGUGGAGUUCUCGCCCCGCGCCGGCCGCGACCUGCUCAACGUGGCCAAGAAGCGCACCAACAUCGUGCCGGUGCUGGAGGACGCGCGCCACCCGCUGCGCUACCGCAUGCUGGUGGGCAUGGUGGACGUGCUGGUGGCCGACGUGGCGCAGCCCGACCAGGCGCGCAUCGCCGCGCUCAACGCGCACGCCUUCCUGCGCGUCGGCGGCCACUUCCUCGUGUCGGUGCGGGCGCCGCGCGCGGGCGCGGGCGCGGCCCAGGCCGCCCUGGCCGCCGAGCUGCGCCGGCUGCAGCAGGAGAACCUGCGGCCGCAGGAGCAGCUGACGCUGGAGCCCUACGAGCGCGAGCACGCCGUGGUGGUGGGCGUCUACCGGCCCCCGCCCAGGGACAAGUAG